AUGGAGACCCUCUCCCAGGACUCUCUGCUGGAGUGCCAGAUUUGCUUCAACUAUUACAGCCCCCGCCGGCGGCCCAAACUGCUGGACUGCAAGCACACUUGCUGCUCGGUGUGCCUGCAGCAGAUGAGGACCAGCCAGAAGGACCUGCGGUGCCCCUGGUGCCGCGGGAUCACCAAGCUGCCGCCGGGGUACUCUGUGUCGCAGCUGCCCGAUGACCCCGAGGUGAUCGCCGUCAUUGCGAUCCCCCACACCUCGGAGCACACCCCUGUCUUCAUCAAACUCCCUAGCAACGGGUGCUACAUGCUGCCCUUGCCCCUCUCCAAGGAAGACCGGAGAGGCGUUGUGAAAAGCUCCACCUGGUCAGGGGUUUGCACUGUCAUCCUGGUGGCCUGCGUCCUGGUCUUUCUCCUGGGCAUCGUCCUCCACAACAUGUCAUGCAUUUCCAAGCGCUUCACGGUGAUCUCCUGCGGCUGAGGCGGGGAGAGGGUGUGCUCC